CUGCCAUGUACACCACCUAGGUACUUACGUACGUACCUAAAAAGUACCCAAGAGUCUCAGUAGUGUCGAACCCAAAUUCAGAGCGAAAAAGUGCAUCCAUCUCACAACCGUCAAAAGCUUCGGCCACAACCCGUCGUUUCCUCAAUUGUUCCUGGGACUAUUCACCACCUUGUCACUACUUCCUUCUUUCCGCCAUUUCUCUCCCUUUUCCUCCAACUUUCUUUUCUCAUCACCACAUCCUCACCCACCGUCGCUUUCAGUGCGCAUUCUUUAGGUUCUUACUUCUUCCUGCGACCUCAUCCACCGUCGCUUGUUCUUCCUUCCCCUCUGCAUGGAAUGUCUGUAUGCCUCUUGACUUGAGCGCAUCGCAUUGAUAUACUUUCGACCCGCCUGCUGCGGUGGAAUCUCCCGUCGACUCGACUUGUGUAAACCCAGCUGCCCGCCGUGUAGUUUCAGACCUCAUAGCUGCAGCCCAGAAGCACCCAAAGUCCCAGCUGCACGUCAUAAGUCGCAUACUUUAGGCCUCUUGCUGCAGCCGAAUAUCACCCUAUCGGCACGCCCCGCGCCUGAAUUAGCGACCACGUCCUGUUCGACACGACGCUCCCGCCAGACGACGACACCCUCACCGCCGUCACCUUUACCAUACUGCUCAUACCGCCCACACUCGUUUUACCAAAUCCGAGAGAAUAACAGUCUACCCAACAUGGAUACCAGCUACCUGGCGCAACAGGUCAACACCAUUGUCGGUCAGUUGCAUGGCCUAUUUGACGAAAUCGGUGUUGCCCACAAUGAUCGCGAGCAUAGAGAAGCCGAGCUUUUUGCAGCUCUCUCUGAGACACUGCAGAAUCAGGUGCGCCGAGUGACAAACGAGAAGCAGGAGAUGAUUGAGGAGGCCCAGGGGAUAAUCACAACAAUCCGACAAAUGGAAGCGGCCAUGGAUGACACCAAGAAGGCCCGGCGGUCACUCGAAGACGAUGGACUCACGGUCACAUACCCACUCGUCCAAUGUAUCCAGAGUCUCCAAGAAAAGCACAGUCAGGUAGCCAGGGCGCACAGAGAGCGGUACGAGGAGAUCAAGAAAUUGGCGCAAGCCCUUGAAUCGUACUCGUUACACCUGGAACCAGGCUUUGUGAAGCUCGAACUACCACCUACCGGACCCGAUCAGCCAGUAUCGACAACUUUCGAUUUGACCGACUCAUAUGUGCAGAAGCUGGAUGAGGAGUUCACCAGAGUCUUUGAGGAGUACACUCGCCGGGUCGCAGCCGUCAAGUCUGUGUCAGAAGAUAUUAUCCAGCUGUGGGCUGAGCUUGGGACGCCACAAGCGCAAACGGAUGGUGCUAUAGUCAAGUACUACCGGGAUGCGCCAGAGCAGUUGGGUCUUCACCAAGUGGACAUUGAACGACUCCGAGCCAAGAAAGACAAGCUGGCCGACGAGAAGAAGAACCGAGAAAACCGUCUGGCCAAUCUCAAAGCGACAGUUGGAGAACUCUGGGAAAAGCUUGGGGUGGACGAGAGUGUGCGCAAGGCCUUCCUUAACAGCAACCGUGGCUGCGGUUUGCGACAAAUCCACGAGUUUGAAGACGAGCUGGGGCGCAUGAACGAGCUGAAGCGCCAGAACAUGCACAUUUUCAUUGAGGAUGCUCGCGUCAAGCUCCAAGGGCUGUGGGAUGCUCUGUACUACUCUGAGGAUGAGAUGCUCGAGUUCACCCCAGCCUUCUCUGACGUCUACAGCGAUGCUCUGCUGGAGGCACACGAGCGCGAAAUCGCUCGUUUAGAGACCUUGAAAGAGCAGAGAGCUCCGUUGCUGUCUCUUGUUGACAAGUACAAGAGCCUUGUUGCUGACCGCGAGGAACUGGCAGCUUCAAGCCAGGAUGCUUCACGCUUGUUGAUGAAGGGCCAGAAGGGCGAGAGGCGCGAUCCUGGCAAGCUUCUUCGGGAAGAGAAAAUGAGGAAGCGCAUUGCAAAGGAGUUGCCCAAGGUUACGGUGGAUCUCCGCAAGGCUUUGGAACAAUGGGAGGGGGAAUAUGACCGGCCAUUCCUGGUUCACGGAGAACGGUUCCUCGAUUCCGUUGAGGAGGAAGACCCCAAGACCGGGCUUGGGACGAGCAGACCCAAGACUCCCGGCGUAUCUGCUUCGGCAGCCAAGCCCAGAGAAAGGGCCGCCACUUUGAGCCGUGCUGAUAGUGCCCACGCAUUGAGGGGACAACCACCAAGAAGCCCUACCAAGACACCAAGCGCUAGCACUCCGUCACUCCCGACAAGGAGCGCGACUAUCAAUGGGAAGUCCGGUAGCCCGACCCGUCUUCCAGCUCGAGCGCCCCUUUCAAACCUUACUUUUAUCAACAGCGCUCCGGUAGACCGUAUCACUGGUCGGCCGGAAUCGAGGGUGGAUGGGACCGGAACGCUCCGGGGCGCUCCAUUACUGAGAGCCCCGCCGCCCAAGAUGCGUUCCCUCCUACCACCUCCGGAUCUCGAGAAGCCGAACAACCCUUACAAUGGUGCUAAUCUUAGGUCGAGCAUCACCCUUAUUCGGGAAGUUGAGGCGGAAGAUAUGUACGAUGAUAGGGGCUCCUCCAGGUCCUCCACUCGGCCUGGUCAUUCCAACUCGAUCUCUUCGCACACAUCUCGCACUUCCCAUUCUUCUUUGACUUCCUAUACUGCAUCACAGUCAUCGUUCAAGCAUUUGCCUCAAGCACCACCUCCUCCUGUGCGCCAAGUCUCCGACCGUGAAUCUGCAGGCUCGGCGGUGUCGGAGUCCGAGAACUGGCAGACGUACGAGGACGGUUCAGAUCUUGAGGAAGAGGCUGGAAAUCUAUACCUGCAUAAGGUGCGGGGGGCUCGCAGUCUGGGAGGCUUCAGACGGUCGACGCCGGAUGAUUCACGGCCUCAGUCGCAUGCUAGCCAACAUAGCCAGUCGCAACUUGGGUUUAGCCAGCUUCAGCAAGCGGCGCAAUUACGAGCAAUGAAGCAGAGCGGACUGCAACCACCGGCGCAUGCAGGCCGUGUCGCCUUGGUGGAUGCUGAUGGGGAUAGGAUUAUGGGCGGGCAAAACGAAUGGGCUGAUGAGGAUGGGUAUUCUCAUUAUCACUGAGUGUAAGGAUUGGGAUACGGUAUGGUUACGCUUGGUUUGGAUGGAUUCUCUGUUAUCUUGUUAUUUUGUGGCUUUCGAUUCCCAUUUUGUUUCUGAUUUUUUGUCGUUCAUAUGGUGCCUUUUUCUCUUUCUCUUCUCUUGUCUCAUUAUUUUUUUUCUACUGCAUCUACCUGGGUUUUUGGGACGUUUCAGCGGUUGGUGGGAAGAAGUAUGGAUGAAGUAGGUAGCAUGAAGUGAUGAGUGGAUGAAAUGGAAAGCGUUCAAGGAAAUUUCUCUGGUCGUUUGUUUCGAUCAUCGGCCAUGCAUCAAAUUAUUCCGGUUAUCGAAGCUGUCUAAGCGGUUCUGCCUUGCGCGGACAAGCGAGAAAAAACAGAUUUGCAAUAUCUCACAUCCAAAUGCGGUCAAUUUAUAACACCACCCAGUUGUCUUUUCGUCCGAUGGUUUCGGUCAAUGUGUUGCACACCGUACGGGCUAUGUAGACACAACAUCCAAG